UAAAACUAAAGAAGUAUUAUAGCAUUUCUUGUGAGCUAAUAUGGCAACGUUCAUGUAUGUUUACAGGAUAUUCAUUUCUGUUGUGCUACUUUUGGUCUAUUGUGAGGUGACCGUGGAACAAGCUACGCAUGGCCCUCUACUCAAAAUCUGUACAACAACUUGGUUUAAUACCAAAUUAAUGCCUACAGCUCCUCGUCUUGCCGAAGAAGAUGAGGAUGUCAUCAAUGCUCUGCUUGGGUGUUCUAAGGGAAUAUUAUUACCGCCAAGUUGUUCUAUUGGAUUUACAGAUGCUGUUACCUGCGAUUGUUAUCUUGAGAACCACAAAAGAUGUCGAGUGGUGCGCAUUGAUUUCUCUAAUAGACGAUUAGAAGGUGAGAUCCCUGAGAAGAUUGGAAACCUUCAAUAUUUAACAAGCCUUUAUUUGAAUGGAAACAAGUUGCGCGGAUCAAUUCCUGGAUCAUUUCAACAUCUGAAGAGUCUAUUGUACUUUUCUCUCUGUGAUAACUCAUUGAAAGGACGCAUUCCAACUUUCCUUGGUCAGAUGCCAUCUUUAAGAAGCAUAUACCUGUGCAAAAACUUCUUCGACCAAACAAUUCCUCCAGAAUUGGGUUCUCUUCCAUCUCUUGAAUAUUUGGACUUGAGCUAUAAUUUCUUAUCGGGGAAAAUUCCGGAUCAGCUGGGAAAUAUUAAGAGCCUCCUGGGAUUGUACCUCAUAGAUAAUAAACUGUCGGAUAAACUCCCCGACCAGCUUGGGAAUCUUGUGAAUCUUGAAGAGUUGAACUUGCAGAACAAUGAAUUUAUUGGUCCCUUGCCGUCGACUUUCAAGAGUUUGAAGAAACUGACGUACUUCAAUGUGCGAGGGAACAGCCUCGGUGAAAUAAAGCUGGAUAUUUUCAAACAGUGGCAAGAUCUGCGUAUCAUGAAUCUGAUGGGGAAUCGUAUUUCUUCACCUUUCCAUGACCAAUUCCCAAAGCUGAAGAGUCUAACCGAACUGUAUAUCACUGAUGUAGUCGGAGAAAGCUCCUCAUUUCCAGAUUUAUCCGGAAUGAAAUUUUUAAGAAUUUUGACAUUGAGGAAUUGUUCAAUAGCUGACCGCAUCCCUAAGUGGAUAUGGAAUCUAUCUGGCCUACAGUAUCUGGACUUGAGUUUCAACAGUUUGUUUGGUGGAAUUCCAGAAGAAGUUGACAACUCGCUGAAUUAUAUAUUUCUAAGAAAAAAUAAGCUCAAUCAGAUAAUUCCAGCUUGGAUGAAUGAUACUCCAUUUGUGGAUGUUUCUGAAAACCUUAUCAAAUUUGUGAACAUUAGCCCCGAAAAGAAGCUAAACCCUGACUUGAAUCUGUUCAAGUGCUGCAGGGAAACGGAUGAGGUUACAAAGCGGGACCAAGUUGAUUUUGAUUGUAAGAAUGGAACUCAGAUUUAUGACCGUUUGUAUAUAAACUGCGGUGGUGAGUCCGUAACAGUUAACGGAACUGAAUAUGAAGCUGAUAUACAGCCACAUGGUCAAUCAACUUUCUUCAAGAGUAAGAGAUCAAAUUGGGGCUAUAGUAGUAUGGGGAACUUCUUAUGGGCAAGUGGUAAUAAGUACAUUCUAAAUGAUACCUGCCAAAUUCAUGCUGGUGAUGCCCAAUUGUAUCGUACAGCACGUUUAUCCUCAAUCUCCUUGAAAUAUUAUGGAUUUUGUUUGAAAAAUGGUACAUACGACGUGAAUCUUCAUUUUGCUGAAAUAUCUGGUAGCGAGAAUAAAGAUUCGCAUAGCAAAGCAGGGCGUCUCUUUGAUGUAGAUAUCCAGGGAGAAAAUGUGCUGAGAAACUUCAACAUAGAAACGGAAGCAAAAGAUGUGGAUACCGCUAUAACAAAACCGUUUAAAGCUAAUGUAAAUAAUAGUCAGCUGGAGAUUCACUUAUACUGGUCCGGGAAAGGGUCUGUCUCAUACCCAUCGGUGUACUAUGGACCCCUUAUAUCUGCAAUUACAGUAACUCCAGUUCGUGAAUCAGAACUGCCGAGGGGAGUGCUUGCUGGAAUUUCAGGAUUUGCAUUAUUUCUUCUAAUAUUGUUCAUCGGUUUUUGGUGGAGAUUCGAAGACAAAUUACGUCGGGAAGAGCUAGAACUUGUUGAAUUGUACCCUGGAGGACUUUACAACUACAAGAAAAUUAGAGCUGCCACAAAGAAUUUUGAUAUUGCGAACCGGCUUUGUGGGGGAGUUUCCGGGACAGUCUAUAAGGGCACUCUUUCGGAUGGGAUUCCCGUCGCAGUUAAAAAACUUUCGGAAACAAAAGAAGGAAUGCGCGAAUUUGCGGAAACGAGUGGCACAAUUGCUGGCAUAAAACAUCCAAACCUUGUAACUCUAAUGGGAUGCUGUGCAGGAAAGAACCAACUUUUGCUUAUCUAUGAGUACAUUGGAACUACGUCUCUUGAAGAUGCGUUAUUUGGUUCAGACGACGAACUUAGAGCUAGACUAGAUUGGCAAACGAGAUGCAAAAUAUGUCUCGGUCUAGCAGAAGGUUUAUCUUUUCUUCACGAGGGGUCCAAACUGGAUAUUAUACAUGGAGAUAUCAAACCAGAAAACAUUCUUCUUGACGAUGAUUUAAAUCCAAAGAUAGACAAUUUUGGAUUCGCAAGGCUUUAUCACAAGCAAAAGUCAGAAGGAACAUCGUCAUACACAGCGCCAGAAGUUAAAGAUCGCCCCUUAGAAGCUAGCGCGGAUGUGUAUAGCUUUGCAGUUGUCAUGCUUGUACUUUUCAGCGGAAGGAAAAUAAAGACCCCGAGGGCAGGUGCUGAAACUGUAUACCUGGUGGAUGAGGCACAAAUAAUGAAUGAGAAAGGCAUUUUAAUGGAACUCAUCGAUCAAAAUCUGAAUUACGACGGGCACGACGCAGCGGUGAUUCUAACAUUAGCAAUGAAAUGCAUAAAUUCACCGCCGUCAUCCAGAGACACCAUGUCUACAAUCGUGGAGGAAUUAAAGAAACUAAACUCCACUUUGAUCAAGCUAGAGGGUGAUUAAGUUCUCCAUGUAGCAGAUUCAAAUGUGGGAAACGAUUUGCUCCUAUUGGCUGCUUGUGACCAACUUCGCCAUCUCGAUGAAGAAGGUUACAAAAUUAUGUCUUAUCUAAGAGAGAAGUAAAGAAGUAUCAUAUUUGCUUUAACAGUGUGCUUGACCGGGGGCGGAACUAGGAGUUGACUUACUUGUUCAGAUGAACCAAGUCGUAUAUUUGUCCUAAAUCGUGUAUAUUUGUGUGAUGAGAGUCAUUGAAUAUGUACAUAUUUUCAAUUUAGAAUCCAGUUAUUGUAAAUUCGGAAGUCGUAAAAUUCAAAUCCUAGAUAUGCCUCUGUGCUUGAUAUUUAAGGGGCUUGACAGGUUUAUGUAAAAUUCAUGGUUGUGUUGGCUUUUUGAGUUAGAAUCUUGUUGCUCAAUUUUAUGAGUUCAAUCAUUAAGGUUUCUUA